AUGCAAGGUGUGGAUGCGGAUACUGCAGCUGCUAACUCCCAGCGGGUCAAGCAUGUGUACAGCCUGCAGGAGAGCAACAGGGAGGUGAUUGAGCGCCAGAUAUCAGAAUGGCGACCCGUGGAUCCAGCGGCCUUGCCAAAGCAGUGCAGGGUCAUCCAGUGCCCCUACGGCAAGAGCAAGGCACACAUUGUGCUGGCGCACAUCUUCUCUUCAGAGGCAUUCCAGAGCCACCCUGCGGCAGCUGAGCCCGUGCAAUCCAACAGCCACAUUGGUCAGGGAAGCAGCGCCCAGACGCCCGCUCUGGACCUGAUGCUGCAGCCUGGCAGUGCCAAUCCCUCCCCAGAUGGCAGAGCAUCUUCUGCUGUCAUGCCAGAUCGGAUGCCUAUGGCAGCCUGGAUGGCACCCCUUGCAUCCUCAGGGCAGCCAGGGCAGCCGCAGGACAGGUGCAACCAUGAUAUGGGCUGUCAAGCAGAGGCCUGCGCUCAGGCAGGAGAGGUCAGGAGCCCAGAAGAGGUCAGCAGCCCAGGAGUAGCAUCGCACGAUGCCAUCGCGCAAGAACCCGAGCCCGCGCAGCGCCGACAAGCCGGCCAGCUGUCAGCAGGAGGGGGCGCAGCGGAGAAGCAGUCUGGAACAGACGGUGAAGCUCCGCCUGACGCUCCUUCCAGCAGUGCUCGAUUGCAGCCAAGCCGGCGCAAUCCGCGGCUGAGGCCACGCAGGGAAGCAGCGGCUGCCGGGCCGAGCAGACCAGCAGCAGCGCCUGAUGAUGAGGUGGUCUGCCUGAUCAGUGACAGCGAGGAUGAGCAGCCGCCUGUGGCCGGGCCAUCCGGCACAUCGCUACCCGCGGGGCGAGCGCCCAUGAAGGAGGACCCCUCCUCGGCGCCGGUGGGUCCAGUCACCCCUCCACAGCGGCUCGCCAAGGCGCUCCCACCUGCAUGCAGGGCUGACAGCGCUGACGCUGCAAGUCCCUCGCAGGGUGAGGCGGCCCCGGCCGGCCCCGCCACCAAUACUGCGGCCCCGGCCGCGCCGCCUGCUCCCUGCAGAAAGCCGCGCAGCGCCAGGAGGGCCGCUGGAGCUCUGGCUGCCGUUGUGCCCUUGGGAUUCCCGGGGACAGAGGCUGUGGAUCUUCCUGAGGUAAGGCAGAAGAAGGCCAGGAAGCGGCGGCGGCUGGCAGAGGGCGCGCUUCAAACCGGCGCUGACGCGCUCACACAGGCUGCUGAGCCCAGGGAUAGGGACGGGGCUGUGGCCGAGGCGCAGCCGGCUAUGCAGCCCCGGCGCAGCAGGCAGCAGCAGCUAGCCUUCCCCGUGCAUAAGCAGGCCAGGCAGGGCAGUGCGCCAGAGAAAGCAGCACCUGGUCGAAGCGCUGGCCAGCAGUCAGGAGCGGCUGUGGAGGCCGCUUCUGAGCGUUCAGAUGCAAGGGGCCUCAGAACACGGGGGCUUCUGGAAGCGGAGGUAGCACCUGUCGACGAGCACGGUGUCAAGAGAAGGGAGAAGUGGUGGGAUGAUUCGGAGGACGAGGAAAUGUGUGAGCUGAUGGAUGAUCUGUCAGGGGCCGGCAUCAGGAGCAGAUUUGAUGAGCAGAAGGUGUCGCUCCCAGAUUUUGAAUGA